GUGCUUCGGCCCACCCAUGAAUGAUGGUGUUAGCGUAAUAAUACCCGACGUCUGUGAAUCGAAUUACAUGAAAUGUGGAGCUUUAAUUGACAGUUUUAGUGUCUGCUGAUGAGAGUUACAUAACUGAUGUGAAGUUUGUGUUGAUGUUAGUAAGACACAUGCGAAAAGUUUAGUUAGAAAAUGUACAUGGGCUAAACCUUAGUCGUUUGGCUUAGGUGUUAGGGUCUUACUAACAACACUGAGUAGGCUAAGACCAUCGUAGUUUGUUCCCAGGGGAAGAACAGUAGUCUUCCCCUCAAAUUGUUGUUAGGCUUAACUAAUGUGAUGUCAUGGAUAAUGGGUUGCUUCGGAAGUUCCAGUGCAAAAGGAGAUGCUGAAGAAGAUAAGCGACGAAAAGAAGCAAAUAAAAGAAUAGAGAAGCAAAUUCAAAAAGAUAAACAGAUAUACCGUGCAACACAUAGACUUUUGUUAUUAGGUGCUGGAGAAUCUGGGAAAAGUACAGUGGUGAAACAGAUGAGAAUUCUUCAUGUCAGUGGCUUCUCUGAGGAAGAAAAGAAGCAGAAAAUAGAAAGUAUCAAAAAGAAUAUCAGAGAUGCAAUCCUGACAAUAUCAGAUGCCAUGAGCACACUAGUUCCUCCUGUACCUUUAGAGAAGGCAGAGAACCAGUGGCGUGUUGACUAUAUGCAGGAUGUUGCAAGUUCCGUGAACUUUGACUAUCCAUUGGAGUUCUAUCAACAUACAGAAGCCUUGUGGAAAGAUAAAGGUGUACAAGCUGCUUAUGAGAGGUCCAAUGAAUAUCAGCUAAUAGACUGUGCAAAAUACUUCCUGGAUAGAGUUAGUAUCAUCAAACAGUCUGACUAUACUCCAACAGAGCAGGAUAUACUGAGAUGCAGAGUUUUAACAUCUGGAAUAUUUGAAACAAAGUUCACUGUGGACAAGGUGAACUUCCACAUGUUUGAUGUAGGUGGACAGCGUGAUGAACGUAGGAAAUGGAUCCAGUGUUUCAAUGACGUUACUGCUAUCAUUUUUGUCACAGCCAGUAGCAGUUACAACAUGGUGCUACGGGAAGAUGCUAGCCAAAAUAGACUUAAAGAGUCUCUUGACCUUUUCAAGAGUAUUUGGAAUAACAGAUGGUUACGAACAAUAUCAGUUAUACUCUUCUUGAACAAACAAGAUUUAUUAGCAGAAAAGAUUAAAGCAGGAAAAUCCAAGCUAGAAGAUUAUUUUCUUGAUUUUAUGCAGUAUCAAACUCCUGUUGAUGCUGUUGUAGAGCCUGGUGAGGACUGUGAAGUGGUGCGUGCGAAAUACUUCAUUCGAGAUGAAUUUCUGCGGAUCAGCACAGCCAGUGGUGAUGGAAAGCAUUACUGCUACCCACAUUUCACCUGUGCUGUGGACACAGAAAACAUCAGACGUGUCUUUAAUGACUGUAGGGAUAUCAUUCAGAGGAUGCAUCUUCGCCAGUACGAGCUUUUGUGAUGGUUACUAGCUUUCGUAGUACAGGGUCAAGUAUGGAUGCUGCUGGCCUCUCAUCAUGUGACAUUACCCACUGGCUCAAUCUCCCAGUUUUGAUACCAGUAUGUUGUUUGUGUUUUGUGGCUGUAUCAGGGCUGGGGGCAGGAACCUCAACUCUUGUCCCAGCCCAGUCCUUCCUUUUUUUCCCCCUUCUGUUUUCUUUAUUUCUUUCUUGGCAGCAUCCAAACUUUGGACUAGCCAGGCUCUGGGGCUCAGGUCACAUUAAUUUGAAAUGAGACAAAUGGACUCGGAACGCACAGAAAGAUUGUGGAGCCUGUACUCAUAACUUUGGUUACAAAUUAUAACCAGGUUAAAUUCCUGCUGGACCUGCACAGUCAUGGAAGCAGCUUGAUUGCUAUUGGCUGCCCUAAGGAAGACAAUUCAAUCCAUAAAGAGUAUAGUCUGCUGAUGCCAGGUUGGUCAGCAGCUAGUUGUUGUCAGAUAUAUAUAUAUGUAACACCUUGUCCACUUGUACCUUGUUGUUUUAUAACAUUAAGUUAAUGACUCUAGUCUUAUUCAAGGAAACCAGAGAGCAAAGUCUGGAAACUGCAUAGUAAACUCUUGUUCUGGAAUAUCCAAGAAAACUGGAAAGGAAUGUGUUACAAACAAUUCUCAUUUUUUUCUGUAUUGUCCAAGAAAAGCAGUUUCUGGGGACUAAUGAAUUAUGCUUUCUUAGGGUGCUUCUGAUGUACUAUAAAGUUUUUGACACCUUACACUAGAGUUCUUGUGAGUUUCGUUUAAAAAGGUGUAAGUAGCAAGUUUGCAUCUGGUCUUAUCAUUGGAAAUAUCUUUAUAUAACCUUUUGUUUUGUAUGAACUUUCACAUUAUAUGAAUAAGAAUUAAUCCCUUAACAAGAACAUAGUUUGAUGACUUGGUUAGAGUUUAAAAAACAAAAACUCCAGCUACACCAAUUAUCAAGAUGUGGUUAGAAUGUCAGGUUGUUUUUCUUAUUCAGAAUGUAUAGCUGUUAACUAAUUUUUUAUUUCAACUAUAAUUAAUAACUUACCUUUGAGUGAUAGGAACUUGCUGCUUUUUAUCCAUGCAGAAGUAAGCAUUUAUUUGAAUUUUACAAAUGCAGCUUCCUCAGGAAGGUAAUUUCUCUGUUCACUUGAGGAUAUUGUACUUAAGUUGUAUAAAAAAUACUCUUUAUAGUGGGUGGAUAGGUUAAAUUAACAACGUAUUGAAAAGGUACUUGUUUCAUUGAGAUUCCAAGCAAUGAAAGCACUUUAAAUGAGAGUUGUGGAACUUUAUGUGAAAUGUUCAUUACCUUAAAGAAACAGGAUUCUAAUGUGAAACAUUUGUUAAUUCACAUUAGUUUCUCUGUAAUCCUGUACAAGAACCAGUAGAGUACCAUUUGUUAAGAACUUUAAAGUUUGUUAAAAGAGGAGGGUAAAGUUAUAAUGUUUGAAACAAACCUUGGUAACAGAGGAAUUAAAGUAAUAGAGGGUGGUUGAAGAGAUAACUUUAAACUGAUUAAUAAGUUAACAAAAAGGGUUGAGUUAAUGUUAUUUAAAACAGUUUUAAGAUAAUAUUUUUGCCACUGAGUAGCAAAGUGAUGAGAUGGUUUAAGUGGGGAUAUCUUAAACAUGAUUUGGUCACAUAAUAAGAAGGUUGAGACGUUAUUUUAAACCAAAUUAACAGUAUAUAAGCUUAUGCAGAGGCUGUUUAUAAUGACCAAAGAUCAAAAGCUUCAUAGGUUUUGAAGUGAUGCUAUUUUAGAACACAAAUCAGGAGCAUAUCGACUAUUUGGAGGGUUUAUCAUAGACAUUGAAGAUUAACAGGAUAAUAGGGAUUAAUAUGUUAAAUAGUUUCAAGUGUCUGAAACACACCUGGAAUAUAGUCUAAGUUUCGUUUUGUUUGUAACAAUCAAAUAGUUGGUCUAACAAAACAGCAUAAAUCUUGGAUGUUUUUGAUUGGACAUAUUGGUUUUGUUUAGACAGAAGUGGGUAUGAUAUAAGAUUGUUGUAAUAUGUUUCAUAGCUGACAGCUAAUGAAAUUGUUAGAAGUUAAUUACUACAGCUAUUCUUUUUUUUCAAGUAAUUCUACUAGGUAAAGUGUGGUUCCAUAUAUAAUUAUGCAUAAAGACUACCUGUGGUAAGUAGCCUAGUGGCAGCUUUUAUCAUAAGAUGUAUGAUAAACCCUAUGUCAUUUCAUUAAUACUCCUUGACAGUUGGAAUUCUUUAGGUCUUGCUUAAUUAGCUAACACACAUACAUUUAAACACUGUAAAAAAAAGGCAGUACUUCAAAACCCUUAAAAAUGGUACAGUUUAGCCAUUUUUGUAUCCCUUAAUAAUUCCAUAGAUCAUGCAAGAUUUUUUUUUAUUUAAAAAUUUUCAGACAUUUUAAAAACUUUUAUAACCUCUUCUAAAUUAUCACACAACUUUUUGACUAUAACUUCUCUGAUUGGUAUAUAAUAAUAUAGAUACCGUAAUGACCAAUAAGAAUUAGCAAAAGUAUCCUAGAUAUGUAUUAUUACAUGAGAGUAUCUUUGUUUGUACGUGAAUCAAGCAUUUUAUUCCAAUUUAUUAAAAAAUGUCUUGUUACUUCUGAUUGAAGUUAUUAUCACAAAUGUCAGUUGUGCUGUACUGGAAUUUUCAUGAUUAUUGAAAGUCUAAUAUUUGAUAGAAUACAAAGUUCUUGUAGUGAAAUUAUUGGGAACUUUAGUAAAUUAUAAAAAGAAAAAAAAAAUCUGGUUACUGAAAGUGUCAGAAGUCUAAGGAUGAUAGUGAUUAAGUUAUUGAGAUUAUCAAUAAACUUUAAGUUUUGGUUUUUGGAUAUAAGACUACUGGAGUAAAUCAAAUCUUAUUAAUGGACUUGCAAUAACCAAAGGAAGAAAAAUAUCUGGUAAAUGCCAAAACAGCCAUAUUAUUUGACCACAGUAGGUUUUGAAACCUAGAAGUCAAGACUACAUAAUGUAGCAAAUUUUGGAACCACAGGUUACCUUUGUGCAGAUAAUAGAUAUUGUUUUUCACCAUAGUAUGAAGCUAAGAACAUACUAAAACAAUACAGUUUUAUUAUUUUUUAUGUUAUAAUUGGAAGUGAUAGUUUUGUGUUUAGAGUGUAGAUUAGUAGAGAAGAGUGCAAAAUGUGUACUGGUAGCUGCCUCGUUAAGUGCAUAUGUCAAUAUUUACAUCAUGUGAAAAGUUAAACUUUUAAAAGCAGUAAUCAGUUUCCAACUGAAGUCCUCCCAUUCGUGAUUGGAGUUUUAUUUUUUACUAUUACUUCAGUUUAUUAUAUGUAGUUAGUAGAAACAGAAAUUGUUAGACUCCAAGAACAUAUUAGUUGUUUCUUGACAGAUCUUAACAGUUGCUAAUUUGAAUAUUAUUGUUUACUAAUAUUUUAUGUAUACAAAUUCAUUUUACAAUUUUAAUCCAUAUAUUAUUCUACUCUUCUUGCUUACACAGUCACGUAGGUUUGUUUAGAUACACAUUGAUAACAUGUAUCAGUGAAGUAUAAAUCAUGCACCAGCUUUUAAGCAAAUUAUUCUUUAAAAUCACAUGUUGAUCGAUUGCAAUCAAAAGUAACAUAGCAGGUUACAUAACGAUAAUUGGAAAAUAUUAAAAAACUAUUUGAUUUGGUAAUCAAUAUCUUGUAAUGGGUUUAUAUAAUAACUUUUAUAUUAAAGAAAGCCAAUAUGAUAAUGGAACAAAUUCCCAGAGCUUUCUUGCUCCCUUUAAAAACUAUUAUAUUGUAUAUUUUUUUAUUUUAGUCUUUACUGAUGUCUAAAAACUACUACAUUGCAUCAGAUUUCAACAAAUUAAUAGUAAUUUUAGUUUUAUUAAAAUAAUUGUAAAAACUGCGUAAGCUAUUACUUAUUAUCAUUGUUAAACCAGUUGAUUCAACUAAAGGUGAAAUUAAAACUGCUUUUUUCAAUCUAUAAGUACAGUUAAGUACUACAUUGUGAGAAAUAUUUCAUCUGUAUUGUUAUAUUAUUUAGAAUUCUAGAAUAUUCAGUAAGAAAAAGGUUUUGUGUUUUAAGCUAGAUACUUGUUUGUUGAUGUUACCAGUGCUUGAAGAAAGCAAUGGAUACAAGAAAUCAGUAUGUUGCGUGAUAUCAAUGUUGAGGUCAGUCUUACACAUGUUUAUCAGGUAUAGUUACUAGCGAGUAAUUCAACCAUAUCUUGAAAUGUAUUGCUUAGGUAAAUUUAUAUUUGCUUUUGUUCACUGGUUUCUGAUCCAGAAUUGUUAUUAAAAGUGUGUGUGUAGGCCUUCACCCACUCUUAAAAAAAAAUGUAUGUGUAUAGAAAGAAUUAUGUAGGAUAACUAAAAAUAGUUAUUUUGAGCUGAGAAGUAUUUUCAAUAGUCAAAAUUAAAUUUAUUUGCUGCAGCUAUAUGGUAAAGUUAGAUUGUUUACAGCAAGAUGACCAAAGCACUGAUAAUACAUCCUACCAGCAUGUACUGUAGGUCUGGAAAGAUGAGUUUCUUGUUCUUUUAAUGUUAAGAUUAUAUUUGAUAUUUUACUUCUCCAUCUGGUGACAAUGUUGUAGAAGCUUGGUCUGACACUGUUGAAAGUGUACAGUGUACAUAUGUAUCCAUGUGCUUAUGAAAUACAAAAGGAAUGACCCA